CGCACAAAGGCCUCGCCCCCCCGGCCGCUCGCUCCUUUCCUCCCGUCCGGCCGGCCGGCACGCCCGCGCGCGCGUGCAGUGCAUGCUCUGCCGCGUCCGUCCUACUAGCUCUCGCUAGCCACACAGACGCACGGUCGAGGCGUUAGCGAGCUAGUUAGAGUGAUCAAGAUGAGCAGGAACAAUGGUGCGAAGGGGUCGAAGCUGCAGGAGCUGCGGCUGAACCUGUCGCGGUCUUCGCGCGGGGGAGGGGGGCCGUCGGGGCUGGACGGCGGGAGCAGCCCGCCGAGGAGGCUGUCGUCGUCGUCGUCGUCGUCCACGACGACGCCUUCGCCGCCAAGCUCGUGCGUGUCGUCGGAGGGGAGCCCGGAAGCUGGCGGCGGCGCGUCCGGGAUGAUCCUGGCCGGGUGCCCCCGGUGCAUGAUGUACGUGAUGCUGUCGCGGGAGGACCCCAAGUGCCCCAAGUGCCACAGCACCGUGCUCCUCGACUUCAACGACGCGGCCGCCGACCCGCGCCAAGCCGGCGCCGGCAAGAGCAAGGGCAAGCAUCGCGGCUGACGACCACUCUUACCUCGCGCGCGUGUCGCCGGCCGGAGCCGAGCUAGCUAGCUGACCUGGCCGUGGUCGCCAUGACGCUCUAGCUAAUCAAAAUUCCAAAAGCUAGCCCCUCCACUACAACCGGUCGUCGCCGCGAUCGAGCUAGCCCUCUACUUGCAUUGCUUGCGUGUUCUUGUUCUUAAUUUCGUACGUGUGAUCGAGUGUGUGUGACAGUACGUGUGAGUUGAUCAAAAUGGAAUUAUCACGUAGACCCGUUGUUCCAUGGAUCAUUGGGCCAGCCGGCGAUGUGCCAAUGGAACGGGUCUAGGUAAUAAUUUCGCGUGGGUCGUCGUCGUGGUACGUGUUCGAUCAGGGUGUAGUGUUGUAGCGUGUACAUGUCCUCCUGGUGACUGAAAGUCAUGGAUGAUUUAAGAUGUGUACGGGGCAGUACUACUGCUACGGAUUAAGAUUUUGUCUCGGGGGAUUUCGCGGAA